UCUCCCAGCCAGGUUCCCAGUGUUCUUGGCAUAAAGUCUUAACACGUUUCUUUCAAACUUUCUGAAAACAGUGAUAUUUCUUGACCUGAACUUAACUUACCUUGUUUCUAAAUUGUGUAAAUCGAACAGUGUAUUUUUUGAGUGGUUGACAGUGAGAGCCCCAGCUUGCUGCUCUUUGUUUCUGUGAGCCCGUCCAGAAGCGUCUCCUUCCAACAUGAUCCCUUUUCUCUCCUGUCCCCAGGAAUAUUCCCCCAGUUACAAGAGGCGCAGGACCGUGGAAGACUUCAAUAAAUUCUGUACCUUCGUCUUGGCCUAUGCUGGCUACAUCCCUUAUCCGAAGGAGGAACUCCCUCUGCGGAGCAGCCCCAGCCCUGCCAACAGCACCGCCGGUACCAUCGACAGUGAUGGCUGGGACGCGGGCUUCACCGACAUGGCGUCCUCCGUGCCUUUGCCGGUCUCCGACCGUUGCUUUAGCCACCUGCAGCCCACCCUCUUGCAGCGAGCCAAGCCCAGCAACUUCCUGCUGGACCGAAAGAAGACAGACAAGCUGAAGAAGAAGAAGAAGAGGAAGCGCCGGGACAGCGACGCGCCAGCGAAGGAGGGCUACAGGGGCGGCUUGCUGAAGCUGGAGGCCGCCGACCCGUACGCAGAGACCCCCGCCAGUCCCACCCUGCAGGACAUCCCCCAGGCCCGCGGCGACCCCUGCUCGGGCUGGGACUCCGACACUCCCUCUAGUGGGUCUUGUGCCACUGUGUCACCUGAUCAGGUCAAAGAAAUAAAAACUGAAGGCAAACGGACUAUCGUCCGGCAGGGCAAGCAGGUGGUGUUCCGGGAUGAGGACAGCACUGGCAACGACGAGGACAUCAUGGUGGACUCUGAUGAUGAUUCCUGGGACCUCGUCACCUGCUUCUGCAUGAAGCCAUUUGCAGGCCGCCCCAUGAUAGAGUGUAAUGAGUGCCACACCUGGAUCCAUCUGUCCUGUGCAAAAAUCCGGAAAUCCAAUGUUCCGGAAGUGUUUGUCUGCCAAAAGUGCCGGGACUCCAAGUUUGACAUCCGUCGUUCCAACCGCUCCCGCAUGGGCUCCCGGAAGCUGUUUCUGGACUGACUGCUGGCUGGCGAGGAGGAGUCAGAAGGGACGGUGGGCUUCUUGGCCCCUCUCUUAGUUGAGCACAGAACUCUCAGCUCUGGUGCAGGCAGAUCCCUGCCAUUCAGGUGCCUAAGCAAAGGAC